CUUAAAAGUGUUUUCAUAUAUUAUUCGUUUUUAUAUUACACGAAGUACAAGUUAAAUUUAUUGAUAUAGGUACCUACUUUCAGGAUCAAAAUAUAUAACGAAGAUGUCGUCUCAUAGGAGAUUAGUUAAAUAUAAUUUAGAUAAACAGGGGUCAGAUGGCUUUCUAUUUGAUAUAGCUAAAAUAGUAAAAUACUUCUAUGAAGUUCCAGUUAUUUUUUUAACAAAAACUGAUUAUUCUGAUAAACUAUUUAACACAAUGUGUUCUAUGCGCAAUGCAUUACAAGGAGAGACAAAAUCUCAAGUAAUUGAUAUAAUCGUUGAUUUUCACUUACAAUGGCUGCACAUUGUUAACGAAGUUGAGCAUUUUGCGAUGCGCAUUAAUGAACUACCAAGAGAUGAGAUAUAUGAAGCGAUAAGUUUCACAAUUGAUGCAACAAAUGCACGACUCCAUUAUUUUCAAAAAUAUAUGGAUAAAUAUAAGCCCACUUUGUCGAAUGAAUAUCAAUUUAAUAUAAAUUCUGAGAUAGAGUUACUUCAAGCAAUGCACAUAGACAUUUCUCAUAUACUUCAUGAAAAGUUAAAAUGUUUUAGAACUUUUGAUUCUGAUGAUGAGUUCAAGUACAAAGUUAAAAGCGUUACCGAAGAAUUUUUGGAUUGGAUUGAUUCAGUAACUGAUUCAAUGGCGGUUGAACUAACUAAAUAUGUAAACCCAAAUGUACGUCUUAAUGAAGAUCUGGCUAAAACUUUGCAACAUAUUAUAAAUGAACUUAACAUAUCAAAAAAUGCCACAACAGAAAGAAUGCUUAAAAAUUUAAAACUUAAAGGGAGAGAACUCGCCUCUAUGAUCCGUACUACACAAAACCACAAUUUGGAAAUUGGCAAAAUAUAUAAGAAAAUUAAUGAGUUGGAAAGCCAAAUAUAUAAUCUUAACUUAGAACCUACUAAUCCAGCUAGGCUCGCAUUGGAACAAAAAAAAGAUUACUUAGAGAAACGGCUUCAGAAUCUUGAAAGCGAAAAAACUAGUUUAAAAGAACUUCAAAAUUUAGCUGAUGUCCAUCUUGAAUGUGUACCAGAGGAUGAUUUAUGUAUAUGUGAAGAUUUUUACACAUUUCGAAUUUUCAAUCAUGACUUACCACAAGAAAAGAGAGAGCAUUUAGUAACAGAACUGUGUUAUGUAUGGGAUUUGGCCGUCUUUGGAGAGAGGAGCCAUAAGUCAAUUAUUUCUAUUUUGAGCGCUGCUGAUAUAAGAGAAGAGUAUACGGAUGAGUUAGGUACGUAUUAUAUUGACGAACAUAGUAGAAAAAUAUAUAAAAUCCCUGAUGAUGAAACGUUGUAUCAACUUAAUGAAGUUGGAGAACUGGUACCUCUAACGGACGAUGGGAACCACGUUUACUUCUACGAUGAAUGUGGCCGAUAUUUUAUUGACUCAACGAGGCAGCGAGUUUAUAAAGCUUAUGCAACAGCUAGUGAGUAUAUGUUGGACAGUUCAGGUAUUCUUUUAAAAGUUAAAGAAGAGCGAGACGGUGUUGUAUACUUAUAUGACAACUAUGGCCGAUAUUAUAUCAAUGACGAAGGAAAGCAUAUUUAUCGUGAAGACGAUACUGCAAGUGAAUAUGAAAACGAUGGUUUUGGUAAUCUUGUACGCAUUCGGAGUCACUUAGAUAUGUUUGAGCUAUGUCCUGAUGAUGCCAGAGUUACUGAUGAAUUUAAAUAUUUAAAGUUAAAUGUCGGUAAAGCUUUGCGUGAGUGCAUAGCUGAGGUCAUUUUGCAUCAACCAGCAGAUCCUAUCAAAUAUUUAGCUGCGCGCCUUGUUAAAUAUAGGGAGAAUAUAGAAAUGAGAGAAAAGCGUGCUCAAGAGGAGGAGUGUCUUAACGUAGAAAGAGAAAUCAAAAUUGCUGAAGAACGAGCUGAAGCGGAGCGGCUUGCGAGGGAAUUAACUGUAGUUAGCCAUGGCGGAAGUGAAGUAACUCUUGAUUCUAAUCUUGUGAAUUACACAUCGAUGCAUCCUGAAUCUGCCGGUGCUAGUACGACAUUUUGAUGCAUAUUAUGUCAUAUAUUUAGCAUUAAUUUAUAAAUUGAGCUUUAUAUUGUUAUAAAUUUUGGUAAGAAGAUAAAAUUCAAAUUAAAAAUGUCGUUUUUUA